UUCCAGUCAAUUGAAGUGGAAGACCAUGCUGCUUGCAUUCGUAACAUUGAUGGUGAUUUGGGGAGUCGGUGCUGAUUCGUGCGGCCGAUCUCCCCUGCUUGGCGGAUUCCGAAUCUCGUAUGGACGAGACGCCCAGCCGGGCAACUGGCCGUGGCAGGUGUCUCUGCAGGCGCCGGUCUCGGGUGGGUGGCACCACUGCGGCGGCGCCAUCAUCAAUGAUAGAUGGAUCCUGACUGCGGCGCAUUGUGUGGCGGGAAUGGACAGAAGCUUCCAAGUAAAGGCAGGAGAGCUUCACCUUCAUCGGGACGACGGUAACGAGAAGGUGUACACUAUCGCGGCGAUACUAGCGCAUCCCGGCUUCAACAUGGCCUUUCCGGGAAGUCCAUAUGACAUUGCAUUGAUCAAGGUCGAGGAAACUAUCACCUUUGGUGAAUUCAUUCAACCUGUGUGCCUGCCCACUGCGGACGAGGUUGUUGAUUAUAGGAAUUGCUACGUCACUGGAUGGGGGGACGCACCAGGCGGUGCCGACCCAGUCAUUCUCCAGCAGGUGUUUGGGCCCGUCAUGUCGGCCGACGAGUGCAGACAGAAGACGCAGUGGGAGCAAGUGGGGGUUGCCAUCCAUUCAACACACAUCUGCUUCGGAGAGCAGAACUGGAAGGGACCUUGUCAGGGCGACUCCGGUGGACCAUUGGUAUGCGAGGCCAGCGGAAGGUUCGUCCAGGUCGGCAUCGUAUCCUUUGGCAACACAGUGCGAUGCAACCAACCUGGGCUUGAAACGAUUUUCACGAAUACAAUUCCUUAUUUGAACUGGAUUAGAAAGAUUAUACAAACGUAUUAAAUGACAAUUUCACUUCUAAA